AGUUCAGGUCGUUCAUAUCAAAAGUACUUUCUCCUCCGCAGGUCCGUUAUUAGAAGCGUUCUUACUGAUGUACAUUGCAUUGUGUCUUCUGUUAGCAAGAUGUUCGGCUGCGUGCAUUUGUUUACCUAAACACGUUAGCUAGCAGCCUGGUGAUUGGGCAGUCGACAUUUUAGGUUCAAAGAGAACUGCGUAGCUUUUCUUGACUUAGAUUUGGUGAAAGUAUCUAAUAAUUACAAAACAGUUCAUCUUAGUCUGUCUUCAAACAUACAUUAUAGCCGCAAUUAGAGUUCAGACUACUGGGAGUGAGACUUUCCGACCAGCUCCUUCGCCAUCUUACCGGAAAGGGAAGUCAAACACGGAAGUCAGCGUCCAUCGCUAGCCUGAGAGGGCAUGAGUGCUGUUGACUUGAUUUAUUUUAUUUUAUAACUUAAUGGCCGCGUUUUUUCGCCAUUUAGUAGACAAAACUUAUAUUUAACGGGCAAGACGAAUUUCUGUGUGUUCUGAUAAACUCGUUGGAAUCUUCUGCAGUUAGCUUCGCUGGCUAGCUGCAAAGAAGGAAGUUAGCCGCACGCCGCUGCACUUUUAAGCAUCGCUGUUGUUGUUGUUUUUGUUUAAAAUGUGUAAAGUCCAAAUGCUAAGAAGGCUGGUCAACCAGCGACUAUCUGCCGCCGUUGAGGAAAUAUUCGGACUGUUGGAAAGAACCAUAGCAGAAUAUGAGCAGGAGCUUUGUCGAACAAAGGAGGAAAACAAGCAGCAACGCAAACUACUGGACGCUGUUUUCAAGCCUCACGUUCAGGCACACGGAUCAGACGGCUCCUCGUCCCUUUCCUCCUCCAGGGUGGAGCAGGAGCAUCCUCACGCUAAAGAGAAAGAGGAGCGAGAGCAUCUGGGCGACGCUGACCAGUGCCAAGUGACGCGUGUGAUUGUGAAGAGUGAAUACGAUGAUGAGGAAGAGCAGGCCGAGUGCUCACAGCUUCAUCACAGCCACAGCGAGGAGAACAGUGAAGCUGACGGAGAUCACUGCAGAGGUGCACCCAGCCUAUCAGGCGCCACGACUCCUAGUGUCGGUGACAAGUGGCUCAGAAACACGUUGUCGGGUUUAAACGCCGUGAAAGACAUUUGCGAUGGCAGCGAGAAGAAGUUUUGCUGCUCCGAAUGCGGCAAAACGUUCCGAUACAAGAACUGCUUGCAGGUGCACAUGAGAACGCACACAGGAGAGAAGCCCUUUUCUUGCACCUUCUGCAGCGAAAGGUUCACCGUCAAGGGAACGCUGAUACGGCACACGAGGAAGCACACGGGCGAGAAGCCGUUCAACUGCUCGGUGUGCGGCAAAAGCUUCUCAGAUAAGAAGAGCAUGACGGUGCACAUGAGAACGCACACUGGGGAGAAGCCGUUCACCUGCCUGGUUUGCACCAAAAGGUUCUCCAUCAAGGCGCACAUGUUGAGACACAUGAGGACACACACUGGAGAGAAGGCGUUCAGCUGCAACGUGUGCAAUGAAAGAUUCUCCUACAAGUACCAGCUGGACAAGCACGACUGUGGUGGCAGUCAGUGAAACCUUCUGCAAAAUAAAAGUCCUCACAUUUCCUAUUAUUCUACUAAUAUUCAUCAUCAUUUACAUGUUGAAAUGGGGGCAAAUACUGUAUGUACAGUGGAACCUUGCCUGGCGUCAUGAAUUAGUUCCAGAAGGUGCGACACUAACUGAAACAGACGUUCACCAAAUCAGUAUUUCCCCAUAAAAAAUACUGAAAUCCAAUUAAACUCUUCUGGAAAGACGAAAAGUUAACACACAACACGCUUUUAUAGUUUUACACACAUCAUACCUAAAAAAGACGAAUGAAAAGCGGUAAAUGAACAUUUAAGGUGACUUUACCUUCGUUGACGGCGUGACGCUUGACGUGACUGAAAACAUGAAGGUGGUGGUGGUUGAUCUCGCUGCCACAUCGUGUCUUUGGGAACAGUCACGUCUUCAGUGAAGGGAAAUGCAACCUUGAAUGUUGACUUAUCCCUUUCAUUCGUCAUUUACCGUAAUCCCCCGUUUAUCUCGGUUAAUUGGUUCCAGACGCCACACGAAGUAGGAUUCUAUAUUAAUACAGAGAAUAUUUUCCUAGUCAUGGCACAGAAAAUAAAAUCACACCCCAUAGUCACUUUUACAUUUGUAUUACCAAAUAUAGUGGAUAUAAUCAGAGAAAAUAAGACAUAACAAAUAAGUUAGACAUAAAUAAGACUCACACAUUAGCAGUUCCUUCCUUCUUGUUUUCUAAACCCGGUACUUCCUCACAACUUUAAAUGGCUUUACACUCGUAUUACCCAACAUAGUAGACAGAAUAAGCGUAAAUAAGCCACGUUAGACAACUAGAACUCCAGCUGGAGUUCAGGAUGAACAUACAGUGUACCACUGUACAAACUCUACAGCUUAACUUAAUUUGAGCUUCUCUAAUUUUGAAUGCACGUGUCCAACAUGUUCAGUGCUUAACGCACAGCUUGCUGCUCUCAAACAUAACAGUUGUGCAUAUCCGUAACUUUGUGUGAGUAGUAUGAAUGUGUUCCCCAGGGAACCUUAGUGAUGAGUCUGGUGCCUGUCUCAUGAACACUGACACCUAGUGGCCAAUGCAGAACACUACUACAUUCUCAAUUACAAUGCUUCUUCUGCCUUGUAUUUGUUAGCUCAUUUAGACCAAGAAUAAGUAUAAUUUGCUUAAAUAAGCUUUUUUUUUUUUUUUUUUUUUACAAAUAGGCCAUAGUCAACCACAAAACGAUAAAUUAUUUUUUGAAAAGCCA